AACUGUCCUGUCAAAGUCUGUUCCCCUUUGGUUAGUGGUUAGUGGUUAUAUUUAGGGAUAGUUCUUAGGAAACAUGGUGAGGUUAAGUUAGGGUCAGCGCUCGGCUCUCUAGAGGGAGUUUUGAGUGAAGUGCUGUAACUAUAUAUAAAGAAAAGAGAAAAGAGAGACUGUCAGAAACAGAACAUGUCUGAUAAGUGUGAUCUGUGUCUGCUGGGAAUGAUCAUUCUCUCUUCACUUCUCACAGGUACUGGUGGAGUGAAUGAGACACAUGAGUUCAUCAGUUCUGGUGAAAAUGUCCGUCUGUCCUGUAACAAUGCUCUUUCUGACUGCAACUCAACUACAUGGAUCUAUAACAGUAUCAGACAUUCAGCAGCAGUUGAACUGAUUAAUUUAGGGAUAAAGAAGAAAGACACAGAGAGCCAUGAGAGACUGAGCCUGGGGUAUGACUGCUCUCUGAACAUCAAGAACGUCACAAAAGAAGAUUAUGGAUCUUACACCUGCCAACAAUUUGUGAAUGACAAACAACAAGGAACUGAUGCACGUGUUAAUCUGCAUGUUCUUCAUGUUUCAGUGUCUCCAUCAUCAUCAUCAUCAUCAUCAUCAUCAUCAUCUUCAUCAUCAUCAUCAUCAUCAUCAUCAUCUUCACAGACUGAGAUCAGUCCAGGUCGCUCUGUGACUCUCUCCUGUCAGUUGUAUUCAUAUUCUGGAUUCUCCUGUGAUGAUUUGGUUCGUUUUGAGGGACUUCAGCUGUUGUGGGUGAAUCAGGCUGGUGUUGAUCUGAAGACAGACUCCAGAUAUCAGAUAUUAUUCUCAUCAGAUCGCUGUAUCAUCACUCUGACUACAACACUCCUGAAUGAAGAUGACAACAGAGAGUGGAGAUGUCAGCUUACUCUCAGAAAUCAACUCAAGACCUCAGUCAGAUACACUGUCAAGUAUUCAGGCUCUCUCUCAGUGAUUGUGAUUGCGAUUGCGAUUGUUGCCGCUUCAUUCGCUGUUCUCCUUCUUGUUCUUAUUCUCUGGAUGAUUCGUGAAAAAAGAGCAGAUAACAGAAGAGGGACUGAUGACUCUGUGGAGCAGACAGAUGAUCAUGUGACUUAUGCUGUGGUCACUGCGUACAGUAAAAACCAAGACAAAAAGAAGAAGGUUCACCGCAAUGAUAACAUGACUUAUGCUUCCAUUGGAGGAGUGACAGCUGGAGCUCAGGAAAACUACAGUGAACUUUAUGCCUCUGUGAACAAGAUCCAUCACAAAUCAGUCAAAUAAUUAUACAAAAACCACAUGAGCAGAAGAAUAUAAAUUAAUAUAGUCAACUUCUAAUGGUUUCAUUCAGCGCCAUUAUAAAUACUUUUAUGUUAACAAACAAGUUCUGAUUUAUUUGCAGUUAUUGGUUAUUUUGGUCAGUUUGACAUGUUUUUUGUAUAGUUUCUGUCUGCUUGUUGAUCAGUUAAAGCCAGUGUCUUUAUUAUUAAUACAGAGCUACAGGUUUGUACAAAGUCUAGAAAACCAGGACAGUUUUACUCUCUUAGAUGAUUCUCAUUAAAUCAUGUAUUUUCUUGAGCAGCUAAUUAACAGUCAGCUUGCAUUAAUUAUGAGUACAGGCAGAGCUUUAUGAUGUAAGCAUUUAUCACAGUAUGACAAGAAUGAUAAUUUGCCGUUUGAACCGUUUGAGCAGCUGCUUUCAGCAGUGCUUAGAUUUUAUUUGUCAAUAAUAAAAUAGCCUAUGUCAAAUGUGUAUUUGGUGAAAUAUAUUUUGCAUCAUUACACAUAUUUUCUUGUGCAGACUCAGUAGACGUAACAACCUCCUGAGGAACCUCAGAUUGUACGGACUCAAAGCUUUACAGAUACAGAUGCAAUGGAUUCUGACAGUUUCUAGAUGUGAGUUUUAGCAAAUCUCUGUCAGUGAGCAGAAUGAUCCCAUGAAUUUCAAUCAUCAUUACAUUAUUAAACAGUCAGCACAUACUAUGCAAAAGCCCUUCCUGCACACUCAGUGUCUGAAUUCAUUCACUUAUUUUCAUUUACUCCUUCAAGUGUACUAAUGUUGGGAAUAGUGAAUGAGUGUAUAUACCAUUAAAAUAAGCUAAAACAACAA